AUGGGACGGUUCACAGCCGUUGGCACUUCCCAAUGUUACUUCCCAAUGUUCGCAGUCGUGAACUCGGUUCCACUGUUGAAUCUGAUCCUGCAGCUGCCGGCCAACGGGCAAUCCAAGUCGAUGCUGGGCUCUUUGGAUAUGGCGGCUGACCUCACUGGGUCUGACACCGAUCUGGCGGUGUUAUAG